AUUGGGCUGUUGGGUUUUAAGGUUGAGGAAAACAUUUGCAAGUUUGCGAAGAAAGGUCUGACGCCGUCGCAGAUCGGUGUGAUUCUUCGUGACUCGCAUGGUAUUGCUCAAGUGAGGAGUAUCAACGGAAGCAAGAUCCUUCGCAUUCUCAAAGCUCACGGCCUUGCACCUGAAAUUCCGGAGGAUCUGUACCAUCUUAUCAAGAAGGCAGUGUCUAUCCGGAAGCAUCUUGAGAGGAACAGGAAGGAUAAGGAUUCGAAGUUCAGGUUGAUUCUGGUUGAGAGCAGGAUUCACAGGCUUGCUCGCUACUACAAAAAAACAAAGAAGCUUCCUCCUGUCUGGAAAUACGAGUCAACCACUGCUAGCACCCUUGUUGCUUAAAUUAUGUAGCAGCAUAUUUUUAGAUAUUUUUGAGGAACGAGCAAGAUAGUCUUCCUAUUUUGGAAAAGACUUGUCCAGGCGUGUGAUCUAGUUCGUAACUAUCAGAAGAUUUUGGUAUCCUUCUUUAAUAGGAGGAAAAGAUGGAACAAAGUUUUUUGUAUUUGGAUCUUGAGGUUUCUAUAUUUGUGUUUUCAUAGUUCCCUUAAACUGCUGUGGUGUAGUCUUUUUGAUUCGUAUCUUUUGAUUUAGAUUUAUAUUAGUUUUUUUUAUAAUGUUA